GCCCUGCCCGCGGUGCGGGUUGAAGUUGGCGCGGCCGCAGCUUGCGUGGCCUCCGCGUUCGUCGUCGGCGAUCAGAAGAUCGAGCUGCACCUCUCCAGGAGAAAGAACCGCGAGAGCCGCUCGGAGAUGGCACGGCAGUGCUGGUGCGACGAGUGCGCGGUCACCUGUCCCGUACACGUUCUUGGGGCCUGGCUAGUUGGCGAGCCAGCUCAUCAGCCCAUCUGGGCUGCGUGGUCCCCAGGCGCGGCACGUGCUCGGCUGCGCCGCGCGCUGGGCGAACUGGGGCGCCACGACGCGGAAUUCAUCGGCACUCACGCGUUUCAGGCGGCGGGCACGCGCAGGGACACCAGUGCCAAGGCGGACCGGUCAAACGGUGCUCCCCGCGCGGCCGGCCGAGAGGCUGGCAUCAGCCCCGCGUGGAUGAAAUACCUUACCGUCUCCCGGCUCGAGCGGCAGUCGGUCGCGGAAGCCCAUUUGGCAGAGUCGUCCAGCGACGAUGGCGAUGGCUGA